GGUUAUUGAACAAUCUGGCAGAUUCCGAUUGUCGUCGUUUUUUUUUUUUUGUUUGGGUGUGGUGUGUCCCCUUUUUUUUUAAUUUUUUGAAUUUGAUUUCUUUUUCGAUCGUCGGCUGGCCGGCCGGCUUACCUUGUCCUUAUUACACAACCCAUUUAAACAUUUCCCCCAUCUUUCAUUCCCCCCUCCUCCUCCCUUCCUUCCCCCGGCCGCUCCUACUCGAAAGCCAUUUUUCUACCUCCUGUGGACCGUUCGCUGUGUCCAUUGGAUUUUCUUCUUUUCUUUGGUUGUCUACUCGGAACCCGCUUCCUUUUGUCUCCCUCGGCCUUCCUCCCAAGAAAAACUGCAGAACUGCAAAAGAGAAUAAAAAGGGUUGAAUUCCAAGAAAGCCCAAAAAGCGGACGCGAAACCCCAACGCGAACGUGUCUCAACUGCAGUCGCAUGUAUAUAAAGAACACACUGUGAAAAUACGACAACAUUAGAAAGUAUACGCUAGCACCUACUCCCCGCGACACAAACACACAUCACCAUUGGUAAACGAAGGCUCACAAGGCAUUAAUUUAUAUCCUCGCCAUCGUGCAUUUGUUGGAAAUCAUCCGCUCUGGUCGAUACGAGUCAAAACGCCACAGGCUCUGCCUCUCCCCUGCGAUCCCCCCCCAACCCACACACUAGAUCCGAUACAAAAACACACACAAGAGGACAGAUCUGGCGAUCCAAACGCUAUAAACAUCGUAUCUCGUUGGCGUACGGCUUGGUGGCCAGCACCGCAAUGUGCUGAGACAGUCAUCCGCUCCCCAGGGACAAAAACAGCUGUUUACCUAGAUCCAAUUUUUAAAAAAAAAAUUGUGACAUCAGAGCAAGAGUCAAAAACAGCACAACGGGAGAUAUCAGGGCAACGUCGUUUCGAUUCGUUGUGCGAUAUUCUCCACUCACGAUAUGACUUCUCGUGAGAGUUCGCCGUCGGAUUCUUCCCAGACUGCAUCGCCGUCAAAACCUUCGGGUUUAGGUUCUCCGUCAACCCCGUCGGGUUCGUAUCCAUCCGACGCAGUCACAUACUCUUCUGUACCGCGGGGAAUUUCAAGGCAGUUUGAAACCGCACGAAGAGUUCGUUCCCAAGGACAGACAAGGACGGUUUGGGCCUGUGAUAGAUGUUACAGACUAAAGAGCAAGUGCGAUUCUGGUCGACCGGCGUGCGCAACAUGCAUUCGGGGCCGCUUCACCUGCUCAUAUACCGCUAGAGAACGAGGGCUCGGUGCCGCGCGUCGCGGGCGACGAUCAACGACGGUAGACGCAUAUGUACGCAUGUUGGAAGAGCGACUGCGAGAAGUGGAACAACUCAUUGCGACCGGCCGUAGACCUUCAGUUGGCAGUAGCGACUCGGACCGGUCCACACCAGUUGGGUCCCACAAUUACAGAUCCCCCUCCGAUGGACGCACUACACCUACACCUGCUCAUAACGACCCUUCGCGGGUAUCACCGGGCACACGCCACCAUCCUUCUCAAUCGCCCAGUGCACGUCCUCCACCACCGUCUGCUGCUGUUUUUGCGCAAGAUGUACUAGAGGAUAUGCUUCGCAUCUACUUUGAUUACGUUGCUGUCCGAUGGUUUCAUCCACCCGCACAUCGUCGUACUUUUAUGGCCAAACCUCUCUCGGAACAUUCCCCGUUUCUCAUCUAUUCCAUCGCGGCGCAAUCGGCACCGUACUCUGAGCAUCCGGCCGUCAAGGAAUAUAUCAGGGAGAGACAAUUGCCACUGUAUAGAGCAGGCGAACCGUAUUAUUAUCGAGCAAGAGGAUUGAUUGCUGAGCUGCUCGAAAACCCCACUUUUGAGACCGUUUGGGGACUGUCUCUGAUUGGAAUUGCUGCCACAAGAAUGGGAGAACCAAGUGCAUCCGCUUUCUAUGCAAUGUCCAUACGAAUGGCCGUCGUGCUGAACAUGUAUAUCGAUCCGGAUGUAGAAGAAGUGCACGGUCCGCUUCCGUGGCUUGUCAAGGAAGCGCGCCGACGCAUGUGGUUCACAUUAUGCGCGCUGGACGUGACGGAUUGCAGCCCAGAAGAUCGAGCGAGAAUCAUUGCCGAGAGGGAUCAACCAAUUUUAGAUCGGACGCCCUUUAUUCAUGAUUAUACGCGUCGAGUACGGGUUCCCGCGCCGGAUCACAUGUGGGAGUCGGUCCACACAGAAGAAGGAUUACCGGCUAUUGGCGCCUUUGACCCCGUACAAGACCUGCAUUGUGGGGAUGCAUCAGGAAGGUUGACGAGGUUGUAUGCUAGGAUUCAAAUACUGGGUAUCGGAGUGUCCGAGAUUGUACAAAAUGUCUCCAGUAAUCCGAGAACUCCAGGGCGCAGGGAGCUCAUGGAUACGACCCCAGGGACGAGCCAAUCCCAUGCACAAACUGCACAGCCUCUGUUAUCCCCUGAACAUCAAGAGCUCAUCGACCAAAUCGAACAAGAGCUGCAUACGUGGCUUACCUACCUUCCACCGUGGGCCCGAUCCAUCGACCACCAUACCACAUUCGUCCCAUCUACCAUCAGCCGCCACCCGCCGCCAUGGCAACUAUUAUCACUGCAUAUCAUGUAUCAUGCCUGCUACGUUGCUCUCCACCUCCCCACCCUUCUCAAAGCCCGUCGAAAUGGAGUGCGUUCUACCCACCCUUCCCUAGCACACGUCAACGCAACGACUCGUCACCAUACACGCCGAAUAUCCCAGCUCAUCCACAAAGUCAAAAACCUCGACCCAAGUGCUAAAUACAUUACUCUUAUUAUAUGUUACUUUACAUUUUAUUCUGCCGUGGCGCUUGCCUUGGCGUUGUCGGACGAGUACAACCGCGAGGACACUGCUGAACUUCGCGCAGAACUGGAUAUCCAUAUUUGGUGGAUGUCAGUUUUUGGAGAGAGAUGGUAUAUGGGAGGAUAUCUGGUUCGUGUCAUAGAGGGCCUCGCUGGCGACCAGGCAAUCCAAAGAGAGAGGGAGCGAUAGCAUAUUCCACGCAAAACACACGAAAAAGGCGCAAAAACUCAACCGUAGAUAGACUUUAAAGAACAGAAAGACACGAGAACUCGGUCUUUUCUAUUUAUUGAUUGCAAAUCUGAGCGGGGGCAUGUGUAGAUACGAUAGCGAAAUGGGUAAGGACUUUUUGCAUGUGUGUUGAAUUCAGAAGUGGGGGAUGCGAAGAGAGGCUGUAUAUUCCUGGUGUCCUUUCCUCACCGCCUGGAAACGUUUUCUUGUACCAAAAUGGUCGGUUGACCGUUAUACAGUAUUAGCGAUUUUAGUGUCAAGAUUGGAUAGUAUUUUUAGUCUUAGCACAAACCGAAAGAAAAAAAAAAAAAGAAAAUCCAUCA